AUUGCAAAUUUCAUAUCAUUCACUUAUUUCUCAGUUCUAUCGGAAUUAGCCAAUGAAUAAAACACGUUUUACCAAGGUGUCGUAAAAGUGACAUGGUGAGCGCACCUUUAGAAAUAGCAGUGGAAGUACAACACAGGGCAUGGUGGGUACGAUUGGUAUCAAAGAACCCCGACCUAGUAGUAAUUUCAGCUCAAAAAAAAGUUAGGUUAGAUUAGGUAUUCCUAGGGAAAGCAGUCAAUAUUCGAGUAUCUGUAGAUUUCGAGUUGGAAUAUUCAAAUACUUGUGCGCUUCGGAUUUAAAAUCUUAGUUCUGGAGUUCUCGAAUGAAGAAUUUGCGACAAUUAAUCAUGGUACAUGAAAAAUUUCGAGUACUAUAACAAGUGGUGGGAUUUCUGUCCCCUACAUCUACAUUUUCCCUAGAGAAGUCCCCCAUGCUCGACACUGUACAGUGCGCGCGCCUUCAGGCCACGAUUGGCCCGGUACUUCCCGUCAGUCUUCAGUCUGAUGCGGUGGAACGUGCUCGUGCCAGGGUUUUGUUCGCGAGCCGCGCGUCUUUCAUUCAUACUCGUUUGUGGUAGUAACUUCGGUGUCGCUUCCUAUCCAAGGCGAGUUACUCGGAAAGAUUUGGUGGACUAUACAGAACGGUGCGUGUUAACGUAUGAAAUAUGCAGACACUUCCGAGCAGCUCGAUGGUGUAACGUAUAUAACUCGCGUAAACACAAUGGACAUCGCCGUUUCAUGCACAAAGGACGGAUAGAAAGCAGUGAGUGAGUGAGUGGAGUAUAGUGUCCAAGAUGGCGGAAUCAAGCUAUUAUCAGGGCGAUUACAUCAGGCACCCGGUUCUUUACGAACUGUCGAGCAAGUAUGGAGUGGCUGGCAGUGACCAGGUGCCCUUGCCGGCUCGUCUCGACGAGCUCCGGGAGCACAUACGCCGAGAAAUACGCAAGGAGUUGAAGAUAAAGGCCGGCGCUGAGAAGCUGAGGGAAGUGGCGACCGAUCGUAAAGCGUUGUCGGACGUGGCAUCGAUCGUGAAAAAGUCGAAUAGUAAGCUGAACGAACUCCAGGCCGAGCUUCAACAGCUCGAGAGUCAAAUUAUAUUGACGCAGGGCCAGCCACAGUCGCCCCAACAAAAUCACUCGAACGGUCAAGACACGCCUCUGUCACCAAUGGGGCCGUCGUCGCCGAGUCAGGAGGGUCUAUUCACGGAUCUUCGUCUUUUGUCCUUGGAGAAGCAGCUCAAUAUCGAACUCAAGGUGAAGCAGGGGGCGGAAAAUAUGAUACAGAGUUUAACGAGUGGCAGGGAUAAGAAGUUGCUGCAGGAGGCUCAACAAAUGUUGGAUGAUUCCCGUGCUAAAAUCGAGUUCCUAAGGAUGAGAAUAAUGAAGGUGCGACAAGCUCGUCAACAGCAACAUGCAAGAGGCGAUGCACCACCGCCGAAUGGCGAGGCAACUAGCAAUAAAGACAGGUACGAGCCUAGCUUGGAGCUUGCAUUGGAGGAAAGGGUGGAGGAGCUCCGACAUCGUUUACGAAUCGAAGCUGCGGUGGUGGAAGGAGCUAAAAACGUGAUACGUCUUCUACAAAGUGCCAAAGUCGCCGAUAAGAAGGCCCUAACGGAGGCUCAAGCAAGCCUUGCAGAAUCAAGUAGAAAAUUGGACCUACUGAGAUUAUCCCUCGAACUUAGACGACAAGAAUUGCCACCUGACAGUGGCACGGCAGCUCAGCUGAAGAGGGAACUAGCUAGUGUACAAUCGGCUAGUCCAGUCCCAGUUACUUAUACGUCCUUGCAACCAUUUCGCGGUCCGCUCGAAGGUAGAGCCACCGUGCCCGCUUCUGUUUCGAGAUGUGCAGCUGUUACUGGACAAUUAGAGGUACGAUUAAUGGGAUGCCAAGAUUUAGCGGAAGAAAUACCUGGACGUACGAGAAGGGAACAUCCGGCAAGUCCAGACUUACGUAGUUUCGUUAAAGGAGUUACAGGGCGUAGUUCGAGCAAAUCGUACAGCGUUAAAGAUGAAACGAGUAAUGAUAUUAUGGCAGUUAUUAAAUUAGACAACCAAACAGUAGCACAAACUAGUUGGCGACCGUGUUCCCAGCAGGCUUGGGAUCAAAGGUUUUCCAUCGAACUAGACAAGUCGAGAGAACUCGAGAUAGGCAUUUAUUGGAAAGAUUGGAGAUCUCUUUGUGCUAUAAAGUUUUUACGUUUAGAAGAAUUCAUCGAUGAUGUGAGACACGGGAUGGCUCUGCAGUUGGAGCCACAGGGUCUUCUCUUUGCCGAAAUUAAGUUCUUGAAUCCUAUGAUUUCGAGGAAGCCUAAGUUGCAACGACAACGCAAAAUCUUUAAGCAGCAAGUGAAAAAUUUCCCGAGAGCUAAUCAAAUGAAUAUUAAUGUUGCCACUUGGGGUAGACUUUUGAAACGAUCGGCACCCUCGUUGCACAAUACGAGAAACUCUGAAAGUCCGCCAUCAGGAUCACAACCUCUGCAGCUUGUUUUCGAUACCUCCCUGGAAGACAAACCCGAAACACCUGGAGAACUUCCUGAUCCAGAGAAGGGAGGGUUGGGAGGAGCUAGACCUUUGGGAUUGUCAACCUCAAGUAGUAGUCCCACACUGCCACGUCCUCCAGAGCAUCCUCCACCUCCACCACCCACAAUUACAAAGAAACCCUCGAUGCCAGCACCUCCACCGCCACCAAAAUUAGAUCAAGAGUUACAGAGUGCAUUAAGGGAGUUUGAUUUUCUGCACAACGAGGAAAAGGGGGGGUCUCAGGGCGCAAAUUUGAGGCCUCUUGUAACAGAGCCUCGUCCCGUGCUGAUUGCACCACCCUCUCCACGCACACCCUCGCCCCAACCCGUCGUCGAGUUUCCUGAAGACGAGGUGGUGUAUGAAAUGCCAAGCAAGCCGUCUCAGUACAGAGACAGUGCCUACGAAUCCAGAAGACAUUCGCAACUUACUGGAAUGACCAUAGAGAACUUCAGGUUACUUUCAGUUCUCGGACGUGGUCAUUUUGGCAAAGUGAUAUUAUCGCAAUACAGAAAUACAGGGGAAUACUUUGCGAUCAAAGCUCUGAAAAAGGGUGAUAUAAUAGCUAGGGACGAAGUAGAGUCAUUGCUUUCAGAGAAAAGAAUAUUUGAAGUGGCCAAUGCCACGCGUCAUCCCUUCCUCGUAAACCUGUUUGCUUGCUUUCAAACUGAGGCACAUGUUUGUUUUGUGAUGGAAUAUGCAGCUGGAGGAGAUCUUAUGAUGCAUAUACACGCGGAUGUGUUCGGUGAACCGAGAGCUGUAUUUUAUUCAGCCUGUGUAGUGUUAGGUUUACAGUAUCUGCAUGAAAGUCGAAUUAUUUACAGAGAUUUGAAAUUAGAUAAUUUACUGCUGGAUACGGAAGGAUAUGUAAAAAUCGCUGAUUUCGGUUUGUGCAAAGAAGGAAUGGGAUAUGGAGAUAGAACAGGAACCUUCUGUGGAACACCAGAAUUCUUAGCACCUGAGGUUCUUACUGACACCUCGUACACAAGAGCUGUUGAUUGGUGGGGUCUGGGUGUGUUAAUAUUUGAGAUGCUUGUUGGUGAGUCACCCUUCCCUGGUGACGAUGAAGAAGAGGUGUUUGAUUCUAUCGUGAAUGAUGAAGUUCGAUAUCCAAGAUUCCUUUCUUUAGAAGCGAUAGCAAUAAUGAGAAGGUUACUGAGAAAAAAUCCUGAUAGAAGGCUGGGUAGUAGCGAAAGAGAUGCCGAGGACGUUAAAAAACAAGCAUUCUUUAGGCACAUAGCUUGGGACGAUUUGCUUUUGAGACGCGUAAAACCACCGUUCGUUCCAGUAAUUCAUUCGGUGGAAGAUGUUAGUAAUUUUGAUGAAGAAUUUACAUCAGAAAAACCUCAGUUAACUCCACCUAAAGAUCCUAGGCCGCUUAGUGAUUUAGAACAAAUGCUAUUUAAAGAUUUUACGUAUAUGGCUGACUGGUGCUAGCCAUAAUGACGUUAUUAAUCGUCUUCUUUUUUGUUAAAUUUGAUACGCAAAUCAUUUAGCGUUCUAUUACUUUUUCAGACAUCAUUUUAGGGGCAAUCAAAUCGCAAUUAAUAACAUCGAUAGUUAUAGAUGUAUUUGUUUAAUCUUCAAAAUAAUAUGUUCCACAUUUGAUAGUGUUAUGUAUUGUACAGAUGUUUUAUUUUUAGUGGUAAAUGUAUCAGGCAUGAAAGAUUGAAAAUCAUAUGUUUAAUCGUCGAAUCUCAGGUUUUUAAUUAAUGUGUAUGAAUUUCAGACUUUUAACUCGUAGUUAUACAAUUCAGGUUUACGUUUAAUGCAAUUGUUUCCAAUAUGCAGUGUAAUAAAUACUUGUAUUUAUUUGAAAUAUCUUGAUAUAAUGUUGAGAUUUAAUCGAUUAGAAUGCCGGAAAAGAAAGAUAAAAUGUACAUGUACUUUUGUAACGUGUUCGUACUUUGAUACAGUUCUACAUAUGCAAUCAACAUUUAUAUCGUUUAAUUAAAUACUUAUCAGAUUUCAUAAUCAUGAUGUUCUAAAUAUUGACCAAAUGUCUAAAAUGAUAUCUGUUUAAAGUAUUAUUUUACAAUUCUCACAUAUGCACAUUUACUCCCUUAUGUAUAGUAAACAUUUUCCAGCCACUCAACAAUUGUAUCCUUAACAUAAAGAACCAUUCAUUGUAUAAACGUAUUAUGAUUUAUAAAAUGCAGAAAAUAAAUCAAAAGGUAGUUGUA